AUGAUUUUCCAUCUUCCAUAGGAGGAGGAGAUUUUAAGAUUAUUCUACUUCAAGUUAUUCCAAAUUUAAAAUACAUCCUUACUUUACUACAUCGAUUGCAUUUGAUAACUUUUUAUUUUUAUGGAACAUAUUAUCAUAUGUCAAAGCGAAUUUCUGGAAUAAAAUAUGUUAGUUUGAAAAGAUGGAUGUCAGAUCCUCCUCAAGAUAAUUAUAAACUUUUGGGUUGGUUAGCAUUCAGUCAAUUAUGCUUAAAUUUGGGUAUGCAAAUCUAUUUUGCCAUUUUAAAUAAAACAAAAAGGCAAAGAGUGGAUAAUAGUAUAGAAAAAAUCUUGAAAUCAUCAGAACUUUCAGUGAAAGAGAGAGAAAAAUGUUGCUUAUGUUUAGAAAAAAGACAACAUACAACUGCAACACCUUGUGGACAUUUAUUUUGUUGGAAAUGCAUUAUGGAAUGGAUGCAAACAAAAAGAGAAUGUCCUUUGUGUAGAGAUGACAUAGAACCUUCUCGACUUGUAUAUCUUCAAAACUAUGAAUAAUUUCCUGUAUUAUUAUUAUUAACGAAUUGUGAUAUCGUUUAUUUUAUUAUGUAAGAUUAAUUACAUUAAUAAUUUUGUAAUAAAUUAAUAUUUUUAAAACAAAAUAUCUAGAAUUACAUUUUCAAAAGUUUUAAUUGGUUUAAAUUUUAAUUUUUAUCUUGAAAAAGAUGUUAAUAAAAUUAAUUUAGUUAAACUUUUUACAUCAGAAACUUUGCAAUGU